AGUAGAUGGCACUAAUGCAAUGGUUUGUUCCCUAACACCGAUGCAGACGAAGAAUUCGGAGGAAAUAGUGGAAAGACGAAGGCUAAAGAGUAGAAAACUAAAAACAUUUUUGUUUACAUUUUUAACAUUUCUAUUGCUGUGAAAUCCGAAAAAAACCUCAGUGCUGGCGACAUUUUAACUACUUCAACUCAAGAGAUGUUUCAACUGUUUUCUUAUUCGUGUAAACGUUAUUUCCAGCGUCUCCACAGUUAGCUUCAGCUAGCUGUUAACCAACUGUCAGCAACCCACAUGCAUGACAAGAGCGUAUAAAAAUUACAAAAGAUUUUCAUGUCAGUAGCUGUAAAUUAUGUCUUCGGCGUGGAGAGAGCGCCAGGGACAGGUUGGAGAAAUACAACAGAUGAGCAGAGUAGAGCUUCAGGAACUUCUGCUGAGACAGGAGAAGAUCCUAGCUAACAAGAGGUUAUUGAAGUCUCUCCCUGACAAAGGAGAAAAGAUAUCAGAGUUUGCAGAAAGAGUGCGUCUUGCUAUUCAGAACCACGAUGAAGAGGAAAGUCGACAAAGCUUGGUGUUCGCUGCCAGGACAAAGUUACAGUCGAAGUACCAACAGGCUUUCUCAGGAGAAAAACGCCUUGUUCUCAACAAACCAGCCUUCUCCAACCCAAACACAAAUGAACCUGCUUCUGGCAAUGAGGUAAAUGAGAGACAAUCCUUCCCUGUCUCCGCUCAAAUGGCAGCCGUGGUUUUUUUAGUAGCCAGAGAAACUGAAAUAAUGGAAACCGGUUCUUUGGAACCUUCUCAGGGUUCAGAAGAGACAAUAGAGAGUGACCUUGCAGGGGCACUGGAAAAGGUUAGACUUUCUGAAACUAGUAGUAAGUCUAAAGAGUCACCAAACUGCAAAGAAAGGCAGAAUUACUUUUUGAAAACUCAUUCACCAAAAAAGCCUCAUUAUGUAACUAUCCUGGAAAGAACAGAGAAAGCGUCUGGUCCUGGUCGACAGAAAUUCAAACUAAAUCAGCUGCCACCCAAAGGUGAAAAUAGUCCAUCAGGUUCCUCAUCUCCCAGUCAGUCCUCUGAAAGAUCAUCACCCCUGUCUGUCCAAGAAAAAAGGGAGCGAAACAGAAGACAUUUGAAUGAGAUCACUGCAGCAACAUUACCUCCGCUUUACCACAACCCAGCACAGCUUCUGUCGCUGGACGAAUCUGCUAUUCUUCUGAAAGAACAGACCAAGAAACAGCAGGAGUUGCAGGCCAAGCUUGCAGCCCAGAAACUGUCUGAAGGACUGAGGAUCUCUAUGGGGAGCUACACUCCUGACGGCGGUCCCAUGGCUGCCUACAGAGAAGUUCAUGACGACGGAGCACAGCUCUCCUCAGAGGAGGACUGAUCCUGAGAUGCCAGAGCUGUGGAAACCAGUGUGACCUUGGCCCUUAAGGAAAUGUAAGGCUUUUAACCUGGCAAUCAGCACCAAUCAGACUGGAUUUUCACUCCAAGGAUAGGAGUUCUUCAUAGAGGAAAAGGGUCUUUGCUUGUUAGUGAAGCCAUAGUUAAGAUCCCAGACAUAAGAAACCUAAUGGCAAAGAAUGUAGUUCACAUUAUUUGGUCUUUGGUUUUCAGUUGGAGCUGUUGUUUCAAUGUCCUGCAGGAACAAGAAUACAUUUCUUUAACCACGAGUCCAGAAUGCUGAACUAAAAGAAUGUGCACUGAGAAAGAUUAUUUUGUAAAUUUGACUGGUUAAUAAGUCAGUUUUUGUGUGUUUUUAAUAAUUUGCCAAGCUUGGAAUCUCAGCGAGAAAUACCACUUAAAGUUAAAUAUUUUUUUAACUAAUACAAAAAAUAUAUAUAAAAAAAAACUAACAAAAACAAAACAUGAAUAAAAAUAUCAAAUUGUCCACAACAUUCUGUGUGUUUUUAACUUUCGUUCGUUUUUCGUUAGAAAGAGCAUGAGGUCGGAUGCAAUAUAUUCACUCUUUGCAGCAUGUGCACUCAGCAGUCGGUUUGUACGGAGUCUACAUGCUUUGCAGGGAGAAAGAGCGGAAAGAAAAUUGAAAACUUAGUACUAAAGAAGGGAGGUGUGUCAUCUCUACCGAGUUCAGGCUUUCCAUUAGUUUUCUUUCACACUCAAUGGGUGCUUGGUUUCUCCAGAAGAAAUAUGGUCCUUCGCAAUGUUUGGACCCGAAACUUUAACCAGAGAUUUGUUGGUGAAGCAGGUGUUAUAAUGGCAUAAUAAAAUACCUUAGUAUGUCCGGUAUAUGUGACCCAACCCACUGACUGAUACACUGUGAAACAUGCAAUUUAUAAAUUAAAACAGUAUUACUCUGCAUGAACAUUUAGUCUCACAUGUCAGCUUUUAAAUAUUUAAAUUUGUAAAUGUAUUUAAGGUAAUUGUUCAAACUGUGACCCAUAUGCAAUAAAAAGUAGAG